AACCUCCUCCCCCUCUUCACGAGCUACUACAAGCUCUACAGCGCCAUGUGUCGCUGCGACGUUUCGCGUUUGCCGAAGGAAGCGAAGGCGUACUUGACCCAGCUUGUACAGGCCGAAGAACUCGUUGCUGGAUCCGCAGGGUCGGUUUGCUACACCGCCACGUAUGAUACAGCCCUGAAGGCUCUUGCUUUCUCUCGCACGCUCAUGACCUGCUACUUCGACACGAUCGAGGCGCGCAUGAAGGAGGAAACCCGCGACCGCGCGCUCGCGACAGGUUAUCAGCUCAUGGAAAUGACUAUGUCUAACUUCCGCACCGUCUUGCAGACGGUGGAGUUGGAGAAGGAGCUCGCGGAGACGGCUACCGUAAAACCGAGCCUAUUCGACCGCCUGCGCAAGGUCUCGUUGGGAUGCUUGGCGGCGCUCGAUCCCUCUUUGCCCUCUACCCCUGCGCGUGCAUCACACGGGCCUUUCCGCCACUCCGCUAUCACGCUGGAGGAUCGAACUGUGCGCCAGUCUAGCAUCUACACUCCUUCCCUAGCCUCUGAGGCGCUCGGAUGGGAUCAUAUGUUCCUGUCGGCCGUGACAGACGGAUCGCCCCAGUCUUUGACGGUCAGAGCUUCUCUGGCUCUUUUCCCCGACGAUCGUACCGAUCGGCCAGAUCUGCCCCCUGUGGUCCUGGAGUCUGACGUCGACCGCGGAAAGGAUGGUAACGUUGUCCGAGCCACAGUACGCGGGCUAAUUCGCCUUUUCACUGAGCCGACGGAGAUGGUGAAGAACGACAUGGCGGACCUCAUCGACGCGUUCUUCCUAUUCGCGCCGACGUUCACUACCGCUCAGAACCUUUUCGAGCUGCUUCUGGAGCGGGAACAACAGCAGCCCCCUCGUGAACUUACCGAGCUGGAGUCUGUUGCUUGGAAUGUUCGUCAUGAGUGCACGAGGAUCUACGUCGCGAAUCUGAUCUGCCUGUGGCUCGGAUCCCACUGGGACAAGUCGCUCGACAAGCGGGUUGAAGGUGGUUUGCUGGAUCGAAUCGGAGUCCUCAGCAGUCGCUUUGCCGCCGAUCAGAGCAUUCCCGUGGAGCUCGCGCACCAGCUCAUCGACUCCAUCCGCUAUCGGGGGAGCUGGGCCGACAAGGAAAAAGAGCGUACGGAGGCCAGCGUGGCCAACGACGUAUACUCCGAGCCGCUCUUCCGCACGAGCCUGGAUCAGAUCGUCGCCUCCUUGACGCGUCCGGACGAUUGGAGCAAACUCGAUAUCACCUACUUCCAUAGCGAUGGAGGGCCCGAGAUGAUUGCGCGCCAGCUUACUGCCAUCGAGACGGAGCUGUUCCAUAGCUUCGAGCCGCGAGAGCUGAUCAAGUUCGAGGAUCGCGACCUGCAGCGCAAGCUCCGGGAGUGGAAGUCGUUCUCUGAGGCGUUGUCCCUCUGGGUAACCAAGAGCAUCGUGCAACACAAAGAUGUGACGCAUCGCGUACAAGCUGCGACAGUGUUCAUCACCGUGGCGGGGCUCUGCAAGUCGUUGCGAAACUACAGCUCCGCCCUGGCAAUUAUCCUUGGACUUAACACGAGUUCCGUCUCGCGACUGCGUCUGACCGAGGAUAGUAUCAGCCACUGCUUCAAGGAGGUCCGCACCGGUCUGGACCAGUUUUUCCAUGCGCGUUCGAACUACGGCGAGUACCGCGCGGAGCUUCCGGUGAAUCUACCGACUGUGCCACUAGAGGUGGUUAUUCUCAGAGACAUCAAGGUCAGCCGCGAGGUCCUGCCUCGCGUCAAGUCUACGGCGCAGCCUCCAGCCAGUCCCACGGAAGAGAUGAUUCCGUUGCAGUACUACCGCAAUAUGCGACGGACAAUCCGUGACCUCGAGAAGUGCCGCGGGGAGUACACGACCAUCCAGAAAGUCGGCGUGAUCUACGACUGGAUCCACUACACUGUUGAUGAACUGAAGACCAAAGAUUACGACACGUACAGCAAGGAACUCACGCAGAUGAGCCUGGACGUUGAACCCAAAACUAAUAAUCAAGGCCCCACGCGGCUGUAAUACCGCAAGACACGAACCGCUAAUGAGCGGAUGCCAGGUGCAUCACAGCAUCAAGCUGCUACCAAAUCUUUCCGUCUCGCUUUCCUGAUCUGCAUUGCCAUGCUCUGCGCACCGUGCUAUGCCCCUGCUAUCGUUAUGCGCCCAGCUAUCCAGUUAACACCAUGUCCUCACGAUGCCUUGUAGCCCGUAUCACGUUCCUUACCGGAUAAUUGUGCUCUCCCCACUCUCGUUCAUCCUGUAUCAAGUAGCACUCUCCCCGUUAUAUUAUCAAUCAGUUGCAACUGA